AUGUUCUUCCGCUCGCUCUCCACCAUCGCCACCUUCGCCUGCGCGUCUUUCGUCGCUGCUGCGCCCCUGUCCGCGCCCAAUGUCGCCGACUUGACUGCAGGUCUCCCUCUGCCUGCUCUUCCCGCUGUGCCUGCUGUCCCAGGCCUGCCCGAGCUGCCUGGAGUGCAUGCUCCCGCCCUUCCUCGCGCUGAUAUCCUCGGCGGUGUUAGUGGCGUCGUCGGCACUGUGCAAGGUGUCGCUGCCAACCCUGUUGGAGUUGUAGGCGCCGUCGGCGGUGUUACCGGAGGCCUUGUUCGCCGUGAUAUCGUCGAUGCUGCCCACCCCUCUCUUCCAGAAGUUUUCAAGGGCGUUUUGGGAAAGCUUCUGCCCGUUGUUGAUAAGCUCAAGGCUGCUGUCGAGGUUAAGGCCGAUAUCAAGGUUGAAGUUGUUGUUGACCUCCUCCACGAGGUUGCCUUCAUCCUGAACGACGCACUAAUCCUGGUCCAAUACAUCGCCGAGCACCCGACUGAGUUUGUCCUUAACCUGGGCGAGACCGUCCUCAGCAUCAAAGAAGUCUCCUUUGUCGUUGGCACUGUCAUCUCGCUUCUCUUUACCGCCCUCGGCCUUGUGUUCGGCGCCGUUGAUGUUGCCGCUCACGGUGUUAUUGCACCUGUCAUUGCUGAAAUCGGCGGCCUUGUUGCUAAGCUCCUCACAGUGGUUCUUGCCCUCGUCCCUGGCCUCCUGGCUCUGCUCAUCCCCACAAUCACUUCUGUCAUUCCGAUUGUGUAUCACCUCAGCCUCGCCAACGUCGUCGCCGUCCUUGGCCUCCCUGCUCUGUUCUGA